AAAACCUAAUCAAGUCAAAAUCAAUUUUUUGCAAUUUCUACAUGAAACUGGAAAUUGAAGAAUAAAGUUUUCGGGAAGUGUCAUUGUACACUUAUUGCAAAUGAAAUUAAGUAUAAAAUAGCAAUAUGGAAAACGAAAAUUCGGAGAGCGAUAAUCGAAUUGUCAGACGUCAAGGAGAUCCCAAUGAACAGAACGACAAUGAAGUUCAACCACAAGCUCAACAACCAGACGGUAACCAAGCACAAAGACAACCUUCAAGAUUCGAGUCAUUUAUAUCGCUUACUAAAACUUUAAUUAUUCGAGCUAUUAUUAUAUAUUUCAUAUCUAAUUUUUUCCGUAAGUCACCAACACCUCAGACCACUACUGAACCAGGACAACCUCUCAGAUUACCUGCCUCAAACUUUUUUAGCAAUGGAACAAUUUUUGACAUGUAUGUGUUCAUUUCGGAAAAUCCAGCAUUUGUGGAUUUCAACAAUCCGGAUGCUUUAGUUUGGGAAAAAAAUGGUCUCGUAUACGGUGAUUGGACAGCAGGCCUCAACGGUGAUGGAACUUUCACAAAGGAAAUCGAUAUAACGCCCAGCGAAAACGUGAAAAAUAACGGUUCCAUCUACAUUCAUACUUAUUUAGUUAAAUGGGACAAACAGCAUGACGACCUGACGCAGUUAUUAUCACCUAGUGAUCCUACAGUCAUACAUUCCAGUAAACGGCUGAAUAAGUUCAAAAAACGUUUCUUCGUUAAAACACAAAAUCUGCUUACUGGUGAAACUGCGGCGUCGAAAGAGGACAUUGAAAAAGCGAAAAUCAUGAGUUCGGAAAUAGUAUCGCAUUGGCAUCCUAAUUUGACCAUAUCUCUCGUAACUGAUAAUACAGAAUGGGCAAUGGGAGGGGUCCCAUCUCCAAUCAACGAACAUGUCGAGUUCUUCCCUGAAGGCCAUCAGUAUAAACCAGUUGUGUUUUACAAUGAAUUUUGGAACAUGAAACGUGAUUAUUUUCCAGUCAACAAUACCGUCGACUCUUUGCAUUUAAGUCUAACCUAUCAGCCUAUUUCCCUGUUCAAAUGGCAAAUAUAUCUGGCUCAAGCUCAACGAUCAAAAUGGUCUGUCAGCAUGUACACUGAUGGUGGUGCUUCCGAAGCUGAAGAUGAAGAACAAGACUCUUUGAAAGAAAUGUUGCUCGAAACAAAUCCUUAUUUGAUUGCUACUACUGUGAUAGUUUCCGUUUUACACAGCGUCUUCGAAUUACUCGCUUUCAAAAAUGAUAUUCAAUUUUGGAAUAAUAGGGAAUCUUUGGAAGGACUGUCAGUACGUUCUGUAAUGUUUAACGUAUUUCAAUCCGUAAUUGUGUUCUUAUACGUAUUGGAUAACGAAGCUAAUAUGAUAAUCACGAUCAGUUGUUUCGUUGGUUUGUUAAUUGAAAUUUGGAAAAUUAACAAAGUUGUCGAUUUUAGCUUAAAUCGAGAGGAAAGAGUAUUCAACUUAUUCCCAAAAAUUGUGAUGAAAGAUAAAGGCUCUUAUGUUGAAUCUAGUACCAAACAAUACGAUCAGUUAGCGUUUAAAUAUUUAUCGUGGAUAUUGUUCCCUCUCUUAGCCGGAUAUGCGUGUUAUUCGUUAUUAUAUUUGGAACACAAGGGAUGGUAUUCGUGGGUCUUGAAUAUGUUAUACAGUUUCUUAUUGACUUUCGGUUUCAUUAUGAUGACGCCGCAGCUAUUCAUUAAUUACAAAUUGAAGUCAGUGGCUCAUUUACCAUGGCGUAUGAUGUCGUACAAAUUCUUAAAUACUUUCAUCGAUGAUAUUUUCGCAUUCGUUAUUAAGAUGCCUACGAUGUAUCGUAUAGGCUGUCUGCGAGAUGAUGUUGUGUUCUUCAUCUUUUUAUACCAAAGAUGGAUUUACAAAACUGACCCGAGUCGUCUGAACGAAUUCGGAUAUUCUGCCGAAAUGGAGCAACAGCGAUUACGCGAGAAGAACCAAUCGCCGAAAGAAAUUACCGAAGGUGACAGCAAUCAAUCAUCUUCUCCGAAACCGGAACAAGAGAAAAAGAAAGAUUAAGUUUGAACAUAAAUUAAUGAUGAUGUAAUUUGUAGUAUUUGUAAAUUGAACAUUGUGGCUGUUUGAUUCUAGUUACGAUUGUUCCUAUUAGUUCGUCUUUUGGGUCUUGAACGAUCAGGUUUUUUUCCUAGUUUAAGUCUUAGUUGUUAUUUGAAAUGUUUUUAAUAUUACAUUUUUCUUUUACGUAUGAGCUGGUGAGCAAGAACGUCGCGGAGAGUUGUAUAAGAACACAAUUGCCCACCUUCAAUCAAUAUCGCAUUUAAGACCCAAAUUUAUUGUUAAACGUUUGUUUUUCAUACGCUUAAUGUUAUGUUUUGUUAAUCUUAUGGAUAAUUUUAUUGAUGGGCAAUUUUUCGAAAACAUUAUUACUCGACUUAAUGGGUUGAGUUUUAGUUUUACGUGUUUAGAAAUUGUUAUAACGCCGUUGGUGAAAACGGAAUGAGAUUUUUAUAGAACUUAUAUUGUUUUCUUUUGUUUUGAGUACGGUGAGGAAACCGUCCAUUCUUAAUUCCAACUUCAUGAAUAAAAGUGACGAUCUAUUUAAAAUCAUUACUAUCGACAUUCCAAUCGAUAUAAACGUAUUUAUUUAAACUUUGAAUUUUUUCUUCUUAAGGCUAAAAUGCUUUCGGGUAAAUAAACCGUUACAUAAGUUGUUUAAAUUGUGAAAUAGCUUCCUUCUAUAUUUUCCCAUAUUAUGUUUUAUAUUUUCUUCAUGUUUUACACAUUAAAUGAAAAACUUUUCUAAUUUAUUCAAUUUUACGAUAACGUUAAUGAAAUAGCUACAUGCGUAUUUUCUUCGAAUAAAUAAUUCAUUUUUCAAAA